UACGCGUGCAAGGGGAAGGAAACAACGUGGCUUACAUAAAUGGCACAGCAGGAUACUGUGCCCGCCAAACGGGCGUCCUCCUGAGCCUAAAACGUGAUCCGAACCCCUAUAAGUUACCUAAUGUCUGAUAAAAUCGAUUUUUUUAGGGCUAUUUUGUACGUCAAGCUCUACAAAGUGAGUAAUUCGGAUACAUUUUCGGGCUCCGCCCAUUUGGGCAUAGCAUCCUGUUGUGCUCCUCUGGCCCCCUGGGUCCCCAAUAUAUACAAGAGUAUGUGCACUAGGGGAAGAAAACAGCCUGUCUUGUAUUUAUAGAAGACCAUAUUCUCUCUCUCUCUCUCUCUCUCUCUCUCUCAGACACACAGACACACGGGAAUCAUGCCACACCUUCAAACUAGUUCCAACAAAGGUUAUCAAUCUCCCUCCAAUCAACUCCACCAAGAGCCAACCACCCUGAAUUCCCAGCCAAGUCUGCCAUCAGUUCCUUCCCUCGCCACGCAACCCGACCACCACCGCCACCACCAUCCCACAACACACCACCACUGCGUCGCCACUCUAAAGGGCCAUGCCUCCUGCAUAUCCUCUAUCGCCCUUGCUGGGAAAUUCCUCUACACUGGCUCCUCUGACAAAGAAAUUAGACUGUGGAGCCGCAGCACUUUGACCUCUGAAUCAGACGAUGAAUAUCUAACUGCUUACCGUGAAUUUGCUGGAAAUGGGGCAGUGAAGUCCCUAGUUGUUUUCAGAGAUAAACUCAUCAGCGCUCAUCAAGAUCACAAAAUCAGAGUAUGGAAAAUCGAUAGCCCCAAAUCAGAUCACCAUAAGUUCACUCGCUUGGCCACUCUCCCAACGCUUAGUGACCGUGCACUUAAACUUCUAGCACCAAAGAACCACAUACAGAUUCGAUGGAACAAGAAAUGCACGUGGGUCCACGUUGACACUAUAUCUGCACUAGCCCUAUCAAGGGAUGAAUCCCUCCUCUAUUCUGUUUCCUGGGACCGAACACUAAAAAUUUGGCGAACAACCGACUUCAAAUGUGUUGAGUCAGUAUCAAAUGCGCAUGACGACGCGAUAAAUGCAGUAGCAUUAUCCAUGGACGGAGAUGUUUAUACCGGAUCAGCAGACAAAACAAUCAAACUGUGGAGGAAAAACUCAGGAGAAACCAAGCAUUCCCUGGUUGCUACGCUAGAUAAACAUAACUCAGGAGUCAAUGCACUUGCUCUGAGAGAAGAUGGGAUGGUGUUAUUCUCCGGUGCUUGUGACAGGUCCAUACUAGUAUGGGAGAAAGAUCACGGAGGUAACAUGGUGGCCAUGGAAGUGCUAAGAGGGCACACCAAGUCUAUAUUGUGCUUGGCUGUGGUGAAAGAUUUAGUAUGUAGUGGUUCCACAGAUAGAAGUGUGAGAAUUUGGAGAGGGGUUGAUAGAACCUACUCUUGCUUGGCAGUCUUAGAGGGACACAAAGGGCCUGUCAAGUGCUUGACUGCAGUGACUGAACAGUAUAAUCCAGCUGAUGCAACAUCUUCGUAUCUCCUAUAUAGUGGUGGUUUGGAUUCUGAUAUCAAGGUUUGGAAGAUUCCUGUUCCACUCCUUUAAGAGUACGCCCUUUUGUUUUCCUUUCUGCGGUUCUGAAAAUAGGUUGUGGGAAGAGUUCUCAUUUUCUUUUCAUGGGCUAUCAACCUUUUGUGUAUUUCCUUUUUCAUAACUCAGGGUGUCCGAGCGUCCGAACUAGCGUGCAGCUCAACUAAUAUCUAGGGGACCACUUCUAGUGGGGUUGCGAACCUUUUGUGUAUUACUUUUCUUUCAGUGAUUGUAUCAUGAUUAGAAUUCCUGUGUUGCUUGGAACUCGGAAUCCACAAGGGAGUUUCACUCUAAGGGUGGUUUUCCUUAAUAGAAUAACCUAUUGAAAGCCCUGAUAUGUUCUGGUUUUCACUACGCAUGUAAAGUUAUGGCCAAACAAAUCUUCACAAGGCUUGUGUUUCAACCGCAACUGGAGACCUGCUGAAUAGUCCUAGUUUGGCAUAUGUUUGGUAUUUGGCAGCCUACCAAUUUUCGAUUAGUAAGAGUGAUAAGCACCCAAUAAUGCAUAUUUUUGGUACUUAAGUCCUCUAGUAUGUUGUGUUUGUACAUAUAUGUUGUCGUUUUUAUCCCAUAAUGCACGUAAGGUAUUUUUGUGUAUGUUUCAGGUAAAACGUGCUAAUAAGGCGGUUUUGAUCGCCAAGAGACGUUCCGGAUGUAGCCAAGAGUUCAAGUGCCCGGCGGCAUACGUUUCAUUAUCACCGGAGCCUAACGGUGUUGCAAGAAGCUUCGGUGGACGUUCGGUGGUCAAGAAUGGCGAGGGGUGGCCUUGGUCUCUUGGAUACCCUCGAGGGUCAUCCUCGAUGCCAUGGCAUACUUCCGUCAAGUCCCGUUGAUCAAGUAUUGAAGUAUCGGAGACCCGCCGGGACAUCACAAGAGCUCAAAGGCCAAGCUGCCAUGUUUUGUAGUUUUGCAGACAAUGGUACCGGUACCUCAAAAACAUGGUACCAGUACCUUGGUGCUAAAAUGGGAGACAGUUGGAUUGGUACCAAUACCUCAUUUUUGAGGUACCGGUACCAAUGCCCUUCGACCAGCACCUUUUUGCUGAAUAUUUCAACCUUCCAUAUAUGGAAAGUUUCUACUUCUAGUAUGUUUUUGGGAUAUUUUGAGGGCCUUUUUGUCCAUUGUAAGGCUGAUUUUAUAAGCCCUAUAAAUAGGCUUGUAUGCCAUUUAUGGGGGGAUGGCCAUUAGUUAGUUUUUAGGCCUAAGUUUUCUAAUUUUUCUCUAGGUUUCUCUAUUGUUGUUCUUAAGCUUUUCAAGUUAUUUCCUAUAAGAACUCAAGUAAGUUUAAGUGUUUUGAUAUUUUCUC